AUGGAAGAUACAGAGUUGCCUGAAGCCCUUGUGCUCCAUAUCUUAUUUUUCCUGCCGCCAAGAGAUGCAGCUCGCACCUCUAUUUUAUCCAAGACUUGGCGACGUUUCUGGAAUUCCCUACCAACAGAGAAUUUCCGAUUCAACUACUCCUCCAAAAGGAAAGAUUCUGAAGCUGUCAAACGCAUGGACAAGUUCAUUAAAUCCAUUGAUGAUUCGUUGCAAAGACUCCAAGGCCGGAUGGCAAAAAUCGGAACAUUUUGCUUAUUUCUAGGCUGUUAUCAACAAAAAUUGCCCUCUUACAUGAAUGAUUGGAUUGGAUUGGUAGCCAAUAACUGCAUUCAGGAGCUACAUAUUGGUGUUUGCUUUAUCUCUGCAGAAGAUAUCAGAAGGUCAGUUUUGCCUCAGGCCACUUUUCUAGCAAAACCAUUGAUCGGAUUGGUGGAUCUUUCUAUUCCAAACCUUCUCAGGCUCAAGAAGGUAAUUGUAGAUGAAUUAGAUUUUAUUGACAUUGGAGCAUUCAAUCUUGAAAUUCUUCAUUGUGAAAAGCUUUCAUAUGAAUUAGAGCUGAGUUUACUUGUUUGUAACAAUCUGAAGAAGUUGAGAUUAUCUUCCCCUAUUACCAACCAAUGGAUUCAGGAACCUUUUGAUAAAUUCCAAUCUCUUGAGAUCUUGCACUUGGAAUUUAUCAAAAGGUUCCUGAAUCCAUUGGUUGUUCCUUUGGAAGAGUUUCACCAAAAAGGGAUGAAAUUCAACAAUGUUUUAGUCGCCAUUGCUUGUGUUGGCGGCAUAUCUUGA